ACGCAGAGGUAGAAAUGACUAGCGCGACAGCUUUUUAGAGGCCUUUAGCCUAAAUAUCCACGUUAAUAUCGGUCAUUUCGGUCGCAAGUGUUUACAUUAAUUUUACUAGUGGCGUGUGAACGACGAAUCUUCAGAACAAAACGGAAAAAGUGCAGAAAAUGACGGUGAAAAACCGCGUGAUAUGGUGAUGUGUACCGUGCGAGAUCCGCGGAUAUGUAGGACAACAGCCAUCUCGACUGAUAGCCCCGGGACUUUUUGAAAUACCAUUUUCCAACGGAAACAGAAGGCGACUUUAAUGAAAGAGAAAGACACGCACCAUCCCGGAUUUCUGGUUCGGUGGUUUCCAAGUCUACGAGACGAGAAAACGACCCUAAGCGCACCCAAACAGGCCUAUGCCGUGGAAAUACAAAUUUAUUUUACCCGUGCUAAGAUGACCUAAGGAUGCAUCUGUUCAAGAGAGGAAUGAUAUUUGUGACCUUCUUCGGGGCCUGUAUAGCGAUGGCCUUGUUGGUGGCUAGUUUGGGCACCAAGCAUUGGGUCAAUGCUAAGGCGAAGCGGGUGAAGAAUCCCAUGGAGAGCGACGGGAAGAUCCAUUUCGGGCUGUUCGACGGGAGGAAAGACCUGAACGUCGCCUACGGCUGGAGAACUUACGAAAUUGAUGUCAUUCACCUCCUUAAAUAUGAACCGGAAUUUUUGAUUUACGGAUUUUGGUUGGGGACCGUGGUCACUAUUUGCCUGGGACUGUUGUUUUCCACGUUUAGCGCCGUUUUUGCCGCCAUCAACACUGCCACCACGACGUCAAGAUGUUUAACGAGCGUACCUGGAUUGUAUUUGUGGAACUUCUUAGCUCUUGUAAGCGACAUAAUAGCUAUUUGUUGUUGGAUAGCACAAUUUUAUAUAAACAUCCAGUACAAUGUGCUAUCCAGGGAAGAUAAGGAUAAUGAAUGGACUUCAGAAAAUAUGGCUGAAUUGGGAUAUUCAUUCUGGUUUGUUGUUGGUGCGGCAGUAGCAACAUUUGUAAAUAUUAUAAUAGUUUUCAUAGCGAAUAGCGAAAAGGAGGUAGAAACGGUUAUACCGGUCUUAGAAGAAAAAACUAACGGAGCCAUUAUGUUGUAUUAAACUUUAAUAUUUAGGGAAUUAUUGUAAAUAUCCAGACUGCCUUCUAACAGUAUGUAGUUAUGUACAUUUUAUUUAUAUGACAAUGUAAAAUAAGUUUUAUUUAUAAAUAAAUUAUGACAGCAG